AAUCAUCGUACAUAGAUAGAGAUGAUUUUAAGUAUCGGGAAAGACCCGAAUAAAAUAAAUUGAGAAUGGGUUGUGCAUUCAUCAAUCUCAAAUCACUGCUACUUGUCAUAUGCCUGCUGUUGCUUUCUUCCCAUGAUGUUCUUGCAAAGUCUCGUCGCCCAAUUUCUGAAACUGAGAUCCGAGAGAAGAAGAAUCGGUGCUUUGAAGAUAUUGACAAUGGUUUAUGGGGUCAACAGUGCACGUCUUCGAUGAUAGCCAAGGAAAAUUGUAUGUUGCAAUGUGUGUCCCCGCCUUGUUAUGAACUUGUCUAUGAAGGGGAUCCGUUAGAAGAAGGGGAGAAAGAUUAUAGCAGGAGCCAGGAGUACAAGUACUGCAUGCACAGGUUAUCUCUAGGGGAGAGCAUAGAUGGCAUUCGAGGUUCCUUUGACAUGUAAACAUGGAAACACGAAACGGUAGCUAUCAUGGGACACUCAGAUGCAUCAGCAGUGAGAGUUGCAUAUUAAACUGAAAAUGACUAGGCACUGUUCGCCAUUAUGAUUAGUAGUUAAUGUGCUUUGUAUGAAUAGGCAUCACGUCUUAUUGGUAAAACUGCAAAAGAAGAAACCGAGUAGGGCAUAAUGCAAGAAACAUUUUCAACUCUUUACAACUGACCAGAAGAGAUUUGCAUUGUAUCUGUUUAUUACCAACGGAUUGACAAAUAUGUUGUGCUGUAGUAUCAUGUGGUUGCAAGAUUAUUGUUGUAUCUUUGUCAUACAACUAUACAAGUGUGUUAAAUGUUUA